GGCGCUGCCCUCUGGCUGCAGCUCGGUGCGCGCCGCUCGCUGGACUCCCUCGCCCCGCAGCAUGGACCCGGCUCGCCGCCUGCUGCCCCUCGGGCUCUGCAUCACCCUGUGCCUGUGGGGCACCGUGGCCCAGAAUCAUGGCGGACAAGGUACCACUGGAGACUGCAACAACCAUAUGCUGUGCCCAGCAAACGCCAAGUGUGUGAACAGCACCCACUGCACCUGCCUGGAUGGAUACCAGCCAAGGGGGAAUCGCUUCUUCACCGACACAACGGAGCCCUGUGAUGAUAUUAACGAGUGUCUGGGGCCGAGCCCUCCAGACUGCGGACGCAACAGACACUGCACCAACACGCCUGGGAGUUACUACUGCACCUGCAGGGAUGGCUACGAGCCCAGCUCUGGGAAAGCCAACUUCACACACGCAAGUGAGAACAGCUGCCGGGAUAUUGACGAGUGUCUGGGGCCGAGCCCGGCAGACUGUGGACCCCAUGCAAAGUGCACCAACGUGCCGGGGAAUUUCUCCUGCACCUGCAUCGAUGGCUACGAGCCCAGCUCUGGGAAAGCCAACUUCACUCACGCGAGUGAGAACAGCUGCCAGGACAUUGACGAGUGCCAGCGAAACACCACAAUCUGUGAGCCCCACGGGAACUGCAUCAACAUGCCAGGGAGUUACAUGUGUAAAUGCAGAAAGGGAUUUGGGAAGAGUCAAAAGUAUACGGCUAAGAUCUGCACAGACAUCGACGAGUGUAACAAGACCCCAGAUAUCUGUGGCCCCAACGCCACGUGUAUCAACACCAUCGGGAGCUACUGGUGUGAGUGCCGGGCCGGCUACGUACCCUCCAACAGGAACAUCACCCUGUGCCAAGCCCCCAGCAUUAACUCCAGCGCUGAGUUCGAGGGAAUCAAAGAGACGUGCAGGAAUUUCUCUCUGCAGGGAAAGUGGCGCGGCAGAAGCAGCAGUUUUUGCUCUUUCUUUAAUUCGACCUUAGAGAUUUUGAUGUCCACGUUCGGAGAUGGGAGUUCGGCGUUAUCACUGGAGAACGUGACUCUCCAUUUCAACGCCCUCCUGAACAGCACCUCCCUCUGGGACAGUGGAGACAAGUGGGAGGUGGGGUCGGCCGUGACGGUCCUGCUGCAGAGCGUGGAACUGGCCGCGCUGGCCACUGCGCUCCGGUCUCCGGAGAGGACAACACAGAACGUGACGACAGAGUCUCUGGCUAUCCAGACGCGGCUCGUCACAGGGAACUGCAGCCAGCACAGCGAGGUCUUCACACUGAGCGCUCACGAGGAGACGAUGGACGUGCACUGUGACACGGUCACCGGGGCAGCCACACAAGCAGGUUUGGGGGCUGCUGCUUUUAUUUCUUACUCCACCCUGGACUCCAUCAUCAGUGCGAGACGUCUCAGCGAGGGAAAUCUGCCGGCUGGUGGGAAGCUGGAGAAGAGUCACCUUAACUCCAGGGUGGUGAGUGGGGCCAUCGGAGACGGGAGACCCAUUAACCUAUCCAGCCCCGCAAACUUCACCCUGCGCCACAGACAGGCCAAAAAAGAGGAGGAAGAGGCUCUCUGCGUCUACUGGCAAGUGGUGGCCGAGAGCGGCAGCUGGUCUCCGGACGGCUGCACCGCCGUGCACAUGAACAGCACUCACACCACCUGCAGCUGUGACCAUCUCUCCAGCUUCGCCAUCCUAAUGGCUCCCACCGCAGUGACGGAGAGCUACCCACUGACCAUCAUCACCUACGUGGGACUGACCCUCUCCCUGCUGUGCCUCUUCCUGGCCAUCCUCACCUUCCUCCUGUGCCGCUCCAUCCGCAACGUCAGCACCUCCCUCCACCUGCAGCUCUGCCUCUGCCUCUUCCUGGCCGACCUGCUCUUCCUCACCCAGGUGACCCGCCCUGGCAGUCAGGUGGCGUGUGCUGUCAUUGCUGGCCUCCUGCACUACCUCUUCCUGGCCUGCUUCAGCUGGAUGUUCCUGGAGGGGCUGCACCUCUUCCUCACCGUGAGGAACCUGAAGGUCGUGAAUUACAUCAGCGCCAGCCGGUUCAAGAAGAGAUUCAUGUACCCGUUCGGCUACGGAUUCCCAGCCCUGGUGGUGGCUAUUUCUGCAGCGGUGAAUCCUGGUGGCUACGGAACUUCCACACACUGCUGGCUCAGCCUGGACAAAGGCUUUCAUUGGAGCUUCCUGGGUCCAGUCUGUGCCAUAAUCCUGAUAAAUAUAACAUUCUUUGCCCUGACCCUGUGGAUCCUGAGAAACAGACUCUCCUCCCUCAAUGCAGAUGUGUCCACCCUCAGAGACCACAGGUUACUGACCUUUAAAGCCAUUGCCCAGCUCUUCAUUCUGGGCUGCUCAUGGAGCCUGGGUCUUCUCCAAGUCGGCCCAGCAGCCACGGCCAUGGCGUAUUUAUUCACCAUCGUCAACAGCCUGCAGGGAGCCUUCAUCUUCCUGGUGCACUGUCUCCUCAAUCGCCAGGUGAGAGAGGAGUACAGGAGAUGGAUCAAGGGAUUCCGAAUGUUCAGCACGAAAUCUCAGCCAUCCGAUCUGUCCAUGUCUGCUGUCCCCACCACCAGCACCAAGACGGAGUAACCCUUCUGCCAGGUGGAGUCGGCAGCAACCAGGGCCGGGGUCAAUACCUAGGAGUUCAAAUACAAAACCGAACCGGCUGGAGCCCCCCGUGACGUUGUGCUCCAUGUGCUUUAUGGAAAUAUGCUCAUGAAUAUGACAUAACUGGAAUAUGCUUUAUGCUAAAUACCCCUUGGAUGGUGUCUUUAGAAAGCUUGUAAUCUGCAAAGUGUGUUCAUCCUAUUUGUUUACAUGAAUUGUUUGGGUGAGUGGGAGCUCUGAGGUUCCCUGCUCCCUACGGCAGCUGAGCAGUUGUGGGGAAUCCCACUGCCUGCAGCAGCAGGGAGCUCCAGUUCCCUGCCACCUGCAGCAAGUGGGAGGUCUAGGGUCCCCCACUGCCCCCGGGGAUAGGGCUGCUGCAGGGCCUUCUCAUCUCCCACAGCGACUGAGAGCUCCGGGGGGUCCCCCUCUUCCUGCCGGGGCCGGGCAACUGCAGGAAG